ACUUGAUUGUGAAAAAGAAAGCUACGGACGCACGGUGGCUACUUGAACGAAAACGGGGGAAGCUUGCUCAAGAACCGGUAGGGCUGUAUUCGGGACCUCAGCAUGCCACAAUACAAAUGGUGAGCGUGGGCGCAAAACAACUGUAUUCACCUCCUGAACGGCGAUAGUUGACAGCCACGCCCGGUUUUCAGCAACCGGAGCCCGUACAAAAGUGCUGGCGGAGGUGCAACGGUGAGCGGUUUGAAACCCAGCAGGGCGGCUAGCGGGCUCACAGCGGAGAGGAACCAGCAGCAGCGGCGGCGGCUGUUUUAGGCACCAUGAGAGAGUACAAAGUAGUGGUUCUCGGGUCCGGGGGCGUCGGUAAAUCGGCACUAACCGUCCAGUUCGUGACGGGAUCUUUCAUAGAAAAAUACGACCCCACGAUAGAGGAUUUUUACAGGAAGGAGAUCGAGGUUGACUCCUCUCCGUCCGUCUUGGAGAUCCUGGACACGGCUGGGACCGAGCAGUUCGCCUCCAUGCGAGACCUGUACAUCAAAAACGGCCAGGGUUUUAUUCUGGUCUACAGCCUGGUGAACCAGCAGAGCUUCCAGGACAUCAAACCGAUGAGGGAUCAGAUCAUUCGGGUGAAACGGUACGAAAGAGUGCCGAUGAUUCUGGUUGGAAACAAAGUGGACCUGGAGGGGGAAAGGGAGGUUUCGUCCGGUGAAGGGAAGGCUCUGGCGGACGAAUGGAACUGCCCGUUCAUGGAAACUUCAGCCAAAAAUAAAAGCUCUGUGGACGAACUGUUUGCAGAAAUAGUCCGACAGAUGAACUAUGCCUCAACACCAAAUGGCGACGACCAGUGCUGCUCGUCUUGUGUUAUUCUUUAAGGAAAAUGGACAAUCACAAAGUUUUCUUUGCUCGGUUUUAAGUUUGCAAUGUGUGUUGCAGCAAGUCUGUACUGUUGAGCUCUUCUUCGUGUCUCGCCCUGGCCUUGGAGGAAAAUGAAGGGAGGAAUGCUGCAGGGGGACGAGGAGGAGGGGGAGCAACUGAGACAGGGAGGGGUCCACUCUUCAGGAAUUCUGCUGGGUUGGAGUAUCUGUACUGCACGAUCGGUGUCCGCCAUUGAUGUCAACACAGUGUCAGAUCCAGAGUUUCAGCCUCAUCCCCCCCCCCUCCUCACCAGUUCCAACUGUACUUCCAACUGGAACUACAUCCCAAUGGAAAAGAUGGAAAGAAACACUUAAAGAAAACUCAUAAAUGGAUAUUUCUGUAUGAGAAGAACACAGGGAGAUAGAGUAUAUAUUUUGUUAAGUAACUGCACAGUCUGGGACAGAUAAAGAGUUGGGCCGCCUGAUCAAAUUUGGAGCAACGCUCCACAACACUCCAAAUCCUGCUUUCUUUUCCAAAGUCAGAAGAAAUUGACGCCACGUCUCUGGUGGUGGAGAAAAUGUGACGAGUGCCACUUCAUGUUUUUUUUUUACUUCACUUUCUCUUUAAGUGUGUGAGAGGACCCUAACUGAAGUGACACAAGGACACUGACCCGAUCGCCCUUGUGUCAAGUGCCUUUCCGAAAUAAAUCAGCUGUUCAGAUUUAGUGCCAACCCACAACCAAAACAACCCUUCAACAUCACAAUCCACAAACUAGUGAACUCUUCUACUGGAUAGUGUCGUAAGGAUGGAAGCUGACGAUGAAAAACUACAGCAGGCUUCUCUUGAAUGGAAUGGCAGUUUUCUGUUUGUUUUACUUUGGCCUUUUUGAAGUCUAAGGUGUUAAUUUUUGCAAUGUCUGCUUGGUCUGGAUGAACCCAUGUCUUGAAAUGCACAGGUACUGGAACCCCUUAGACAUGAUCACAACACCCGACACUUAAUUUCCAGGCCAAUCAGUUCAAAGGAGUUCUGUUUUGUUCUGUUCCUUUUGUUGUUUUUAACAGGAAAUGUGAUAAUGUACCAUUGACAAAUCUAACCUGAUUGUAAGUUUAAUUUCAGACCAGCCAUUUAACAGUUGGCUGUUUUGA